AUGCUGGCGCCGGCGCCUCCAUCGCCACGAGCCUCGCGGCGGCGGUCGCCGGCGGCCCGCAUCUCUGCCGCCGUCGCUCCGCUGGCUGUGACCGAGUUUCGGGCGUUGAGGGAGGCGACGCAUGCUGGCGCCGGCGCCUCCAUCGCCACGAGCCUCGCGGCGGCGUUUCGGGCGUUGAGGGAGGCGGCGCAUGCUGGCGCCGGCGCCUCCAUCGCCACGAGCCUCGCGGCGGCGGUCGCGACACGCCCAGUCGUGAGCUCCGGAUUCGGCGGUGCCGAUGACUUCCGCUUCGCGCCACGCGCCGCCGCCGGCUUCGACGACGAGGACAGGCCCUCUCUGGUGAUUGACGGGUACACUGUUAUCUAA